CAAUGCCGUUGACCAUAUUCACUAGUCGUUGGCUAUUCGCACCUGUGAUCUCUUUUUUAGUUACCGUAGUUUAAUGCGUUGAUAGUGUGCGAACGGACCUUCGUUAUCUUUCCUAUUGGUGUACUAACGAUACAGUGUUUGUGGGUUCCACUGAUCUCAUCAUUUAAAAUGCGGUGUUUUAAGGGCACAAGCCGGUCCGCCAACGUUACGGCAGUCAUCCUCCUACUUGCAAUUCCCGAAAUAUACACUCUGACUAUUAAGGACGUAUUCACGAGCACAGAGAGUCUUGUGCGAGUCCCGAGGGAAAGCAAAUAUCCCGCCAGAUACGGAUCUUCCGGUGACACCCCCUUAAGUCGGACGCUCAAGCCGGAGGAGACUCCCGAGGCCAGGGAGGACGCGCUGGGCACGUCGGUCGGCAAGAGAUGCAUCCGAUGCGAUUCGGGAUAUUAUGAUCGUUACGACACGAAACGGUACGACGACAGGGACAGGCGGCGUGGAUACGACGAUAGGUAUGACAGGUACGACGACCGGGACCGGUACGACCGAGACAGAUACGACAAAUAUGAUAGAUACGAUAGGGACAGAUACGACAGCAGGGAUAGGGACAGAUACUACUAUGACAGGAGGUACGACGAUUACGAUAGAUACGACAGGGAUCGUUAUGAUGUCGGGCGCUACGAUAGAGACAGAUACGACAGGGGAAGGGACAGAUACGACUACAGAGACAGGUACUACGACAGGGGAGUGGGCUAUGACAAUCGUGGGUAUGAUACCAGAGACAGGUACGACAGGGACAGGGAGGGCUACAGGCCAUGGGAUGAGACUUACAGAGGUGUUUCCGGAUUUGACACCAGCGGAAGGGGCUAUUACUUUGCGUCGUCGAGACCUGAUACUUAUGGGGGAGGAUAUGCCAGCAGCUGGAGCUACGGAGGCGGCAGAAAUGAUUACAGGGAUAGAUACGGAGGAAGUUAUCGCCCUUGGGAUUCCUACGACGGUUAUCGAGGAACAAGUUAUUUAUACGGUCGGCCGUCAUCGACCACGACAAAUAGAUCAACAAAUUCAGCAGAUAAUGAUGCCGGCAUCACUCAAAGUCCGCAACAGGAAAAUCCCUCAGGAUAACGUAAAUGUUUAGAUAGUGUUGUAAACAAAGUCAACUUGUACGUAUCAGAAGGGUUUAAAUUCAUCCCAGCAAUUGACUUUGCUUGCCGUCCCAUUUUUACAUGUCUAAUUUAAGUGUGCAAUUAAUUUCCAUGUAAUUAGUAACUUAUUUUAUAAUUUAGUUUAUAAGCAGAUUAGCAUUUUGACAGCAACAACUACUGCCACAGUUUAGUGUUUUGUACGACCAAAGAUAAUUUCAAUUAAAUAGUAUUUGACAUUGCCACAACUACUGGUUUUAAUUACUCACUAGUUGAAUGAUACAAAUGUGUGGGUAAAUUUUAUACAUUUUCAAUUUAAAUCAGAGAUUCAGUUACAAAACGGUUGUAAAUAAUGUAGCCAAUACCAAACUCCAUUCCGAAGUAGAAAUAAUUCAUCAAACUUAAUAUUUGAUGAAGCAAAAUUACAACCUCCAUAGUGUGCCAGUCCAAUUAAAAUUGAAUGCCGUAAAUGUCUUCAUCCUUUCACCACCCGAAUACAUUUCAAAUCUAAUUCGAAGAAGUUAAGAAUUAACUGUAUAUUUAUGAUUUGAAUAAUUCAGGAAGCGCAGCUGCAUAACGUCAUGAAAAUAAAUCAUCUUAAUUAAUGCUGAGUACAUAUGACAAUAUUAUUGGUUGCUAGACACCUUAAAUUAUAAUACUUUUAAAUUAUUGU